CGUCAACAAACAUACUCUUGGAUGCAAAACACAGACCAAAAGUUGCUGACUUCGGAACUUUAAGAUCAGUUGCAAUUGACCAAACUCACCUCACCACACUUGUACACGGCACAUUUGGUUACUUGGACCCCGAAUACUUUCAAUCAAGUCAAUUUACAGAGAAAAGUGACGUGUAUAGCUUUGGAGUUGUCCUUGUUGAGCUCUUGACAGGACAAAAACCAAUUUCUUUUAGAAGGUCACAAGAAGAAGGCAAAAGUCUUGCCACAUACUUCAUUACUUCGAUGCAGUUAGAUCGCCUGUUCGAAAUUCUUGAUGCUGAAGUUGUAAAAGGAGGGUCUAAAGCAGAUAUCAUAUUAGUUGCUAACCUUGCAAGAAGAUGUUUGAAUUUGAGUGGAAGAAAGCGCCCUACAAUGAGAGAGGUCACGGCAGAGCUGGAGGGGAUUCAAAUGUCAGAAAAAACUUCUAAUGGUGGACAAAACUAUGAAGAGGUUGAAUUUGUUAGGACUAACUCAAUUGAGCCUUGUGAUGUUGCUUCAAGUUCAACGGGAAUACGGCCAGGUUUGGAUUGUGGUCCUUCUUCAUCAUUACAUGAAAUUCCGCUUUUAUCUUUCAAGUCAUGGUGA